AGUCAUGAGGUCAGCACUGCAUUGUCUCCUGCUGUUCUCAGCUCUGUGGACUCUCUCCUUCUGUGGGACUCGUCAGUUUCAUGUGGUGAAUACAGACAAAAACUGGGUUGAUGCUCAGAAAUACUGCAGAGAGAAUUUCACUGAUCUGGCAACCAUUGAUAGUCAAGAGGAAAUGAACAUUGUAAAAGCUGCUCUUAAGGGAAUGACAGGUGAUUUCUGGAUCGGACUGAAAGAGAUACCUGGACAGGUCCCCAGAAGCUGGAUGUGGUCAGAUGGGAGUAUUUUCUCAUACACAAGUUGGAGCUCUGGACAGCCAGACAACAAUGUGGGUGACAAUUGUGUGACAGCAAAGAGUGAUUUUGGGUUCAGUUGGAAUGAUUUACGCUGCUAUUGGACAAAAAACUUCGUCUGCUAUAAAGAGAUUCCCCUUGUCCUGAUUAAAGAGGAGAAGACGUGGAGAGAAGCUCUGAGAUACUGCAGAGAGAAUCAUGUGGACCUGGUCUCUGUUCACACUGAGGGAAUUCAGGAAUGGGUACAAAUAGCUCUUAACUACGCCUCCACUGAAAAUCUAUGGAUCGGCCUGCGUCACACCUGCACUCUGAGCUUCUGGUUCUGGGUGAUUGGAGAGUCAGUCUGCUACCAGAACUGGGCUCCAGGGAACGGGACGGGGGAGGAAGACUGUAGUGAAGUCGAAAGAUCAGGAGCGGUUCAGUCUGGAAGUAAGCAGUGGAUCAGUCUGCCGGAGACCCAGACCCUCAACUUCAUCUGCAGCACCGUCUAGAGCAGGUCUAAGAAUUACAGUUGGAAGAAAAAGUAUGUGAACUAUUUGGGAUUAUACUUGGAUCCAAGUAAUCCCAAAGGGUUCGCAUACUUUUUCUUGCAACUGUAUAUAUUGUAUUUUGGAACAUAUACAUCUUACAAAUAGUCAUAGUCAACAAAAAUACUGAUAACUAUAAUUUGUUUGAAUUUUAGAGAUCUGGAAGAGAAUGCAGGGCAUUCAAAUGAAUCUAUAUUUAAGAAUCACACUGAUUUUUCAUAGCUAUUUCUUACUGACUAAGGCUGUUUUAUUAUUUCCAGUUUUUGACCACUUUACAAGCAGUCUAUCUCAUAGCGGCAACCUCUUUUGGUCUAUUUCUUUACUUUACACAUGGAAGGCAUUACCUCAACUAUAUGGGAUUAUAGGACUGUUCUAGUAAUAAUUAUCUGCUUUUCCACAACAGAGACAAAUGUUACUUCAGUACUAAGGUCAUGCUGUGUCGUUGUGGACCCAUUAGCCCAGUUGCAGUUCCUAUUUCUAUUUGAGCAAGAAACAGAGUAAUAUUGUGGAAGUAUUGCUAGCGACAGAAUAGAGAUACAUUCUGUGUGUUUUCUCAGAAAUGUCUUUCUGUCUUCCCAAAAGAAAAGCCUUAGUAAUAGUUGUCAGCCUUGUGCCUACCUACAAUAAAUUGGAUUUCCUUUGCUUUACUAGAAUUCAGUGUUUAAGUUUUUGGUAAUGGUUAUGGUAAUAGUUAUUUAGAGGUUAAGUUAGACCAUAGCAAUUACAGUUCAGACGCUAGCCAAUAGACAGGUCCCCCUGUUUUUAAGCUCUAUCAUUGACCAGUUCUGAGGCCAAGUUAGCUUACCAUGCUAAUAAACUGGUCCCAGUUGUGCCCUACAGUUCCUUUCCAUUUACAUGGACAAUUCUAGCCAGACAUGAUCAUGAUCAUUACCACCCACUCCACUGCCCACUCUGGGUGGUAAUGUAUUCUAUGAUGUAACUCUCAUAAUUCAAAUGCACAUCGCCUUGACAUGAGUACUCUGGCCAGUGUUCAACCUCACUCACUAGAUAACACACCACAACAUAUAUACAGGGUGAUUGUUUUGGUAUGUUGCAUAGACUGUAAGUCACAGUUAAUUUACCAUUAUAACUCAAUUAAAUAAA